AUGAGCCUUAUGUGGCUGCAGGAUUUCGAGAGUGUGUUGCUGGGUGAAUCAGCCGGAGUGCAAACCGAGCCCCAGCAUCAACCUGGGAUGCAAGGGAAUCCGCACUGCACUCAGGCCUUCUUGCAUUCUCAGUACCCGAAUCCUCACCAGGAAACCUUCAAGUACCAGGAGCAGUUCGGUCUGGACUUCCAGUACGGACCUCAGGUGAAACUGGAAUCUCUAACCUGCAGUGAACAGAGUGCAGAGACCCAGGAAUGGAGUGCAGGGACCCAGGCCUCGCCCUACGGGGGGAUGCCCGUGAAACAGGAGCAGACGCCCUAUCACGGCGUCCCGCAUCGCCUGGACUAUUCGAGGUCGUGUGAGGUCGGACAGGAACCUCAUCCGUAUUAUCCAGCUCAUCCGUAUACCUCCUACAACGCCACCUUCACGAUCUGCUCGGCCACGCCGAACCAGCGAAGUUACCAUCCCGACGGGACCUUUCAUCACGGAUCUCAAGAGACCUAUCAAAACAACAACGUCGGCGGCAGCAGUAACAACAACAACAAUAACUCCCAAGUUGUGAACCAGCAGUCUCGGUUACCGGGAGGUUUCAUGACCCCGCCGUCCUCCCCGCACGUCUCGAAUCUCUUCCUCCGACCCGGGGUCCAAGGACCUGCCACGACGGGGCCGACCCGUGUCAAACGAGGUCGGAAGCGAUGGGGUCGGAAGAAGACUCUGCGAGCGCGCCUUCUCCCGCUCCGACCACCUCUCCCUUCACAUGAAGCGACACGUUUCUCUAUGAAGACGACGUCGUCAUCUCUUUAUCUCUUCAAGGCACAUCAUCCUCUUCAGCAAUAA